AAAAUUAAAAAAGAAAAAUCUUUAUCAAUAUCAAUUAGUUGUGAAAUCAAGUUAUAUCAUACGAAACAUAAAGAAUAAAAUGGGACGGAGGGAGUACGAAUAACCACGAUUAGCCAUAAAAUCCGUUUGAUUUCGCCGCCCGGUUUCGCCGGCGGCCAACCUAUGAAUCCCCUCCUCAACAACAAUCCUCGAACCCAAAGCACAAGAUAGGCCCUACCUGCGUACGUACAAAUAGCUCAACUGUGUCUUUGUUCACAUCAUUAACUAUAAAUACUUGUUAGCAAACAAUAUUACUAUCCAUAAUUCAAUUACAGCCAACAUUUCAGAUUCACCGGAACAACAGUUUAGAGAGAGAGAGAGAAAACCUUGGAAAAAUGGGUUCUCCAUUUGCUGUUUUGCAGAGACAAUUCGUUGAUCACUUACUCUUUUACCUUCAUGGGCGGAUUCUGAAUCGCGAGUUCAUUAAUCUAUUAUCGCUGCAACAAGAUCAUGCAUACCCAGGAUUCUUAGCUUCGAAUUUUACUGAUUUCUAUCAAGCUACUCAAGAAAACCUCGAUAAAUUGGCUCAAAUUCUAGAAGAAGACAAUGUGGAAUUCUCGAACAUCAAUCCGAUUCUUCGCUGUUUUAAGGAUAGCAGUUCCAUCAUCGGUGCAGAAGAUUUUGUUAGACAAUGUGUUGAAUUUAGAAGGAAUUCUCAUGCAAAGGACAAAGAAGGAUGCUUAAGUUGCUUGGAACGAACAAAGACAGCAUACUGCCUGCUGCAGUGUAUGGACUUGUUAGUUUGGCAGGUGGAGGAAGCAAUUGUAGAACUAGGUGGGACAAUUCUUGUGCCAUCAGUCAAUGAGACGAUUACUCGAGUUGCUGAAUACCAGUUUGAAUAUGUUGAUUACACAAGCUCAUUGAUGGAUAGGAACAUUCUGAUAAUUGAAAGAGACCCAAAAUAUCAAGCUCGGAAUCUGAAUAACUUCUUCACUCAAGUCCCCAUACUACUCGAUAAUCUUCUUAAAGAAUUCAGAGAUACAGAGACAUUUAUCGAUAUCCACUCGGAAAUUCAAACAACUCUACGUGGUAUGGCUGAUGUUGCUGAUAGUGCCGGAGUUACAUUGGCAGCUCUUUUGCCUAUAAGGAAUGCACUUAAAUCGUUAAAAACUUGGUAUAAUAAGAAGCACACGGAAGGUAUUAAGAGCAUGGAAGGGUGCUUAGAAAGCAUGGAACAAGCAAGGACUGAAUUCAACCUGCUGAAGCGCCAACUCGAGCCCAUACUGGAGAUGGAGAGACAGAUUUCAGAAGCUUCAAUGCCUAAGCCAUUAGUGAAGCAUAAUGAAAGAAUUGGAGCCGGGAAUCCUGAUCGUGUGUACGUCCGUGGCGGACAGAUUGUACAGCCUUCUAAAGACAGGAGAAAUUAAUUUCCAUAUUUUCAAUUGAUAUCUCACUCUGUAAUUACAUUUUGAACAUGAACAUUGUUGUCUAAAUUCUUUUUAAAUAGUGAAACAAUUUUGUUUUUGGUAAAA